CUUUCCUGAAAACAAAGUGUUCAAGUAAAAUAUUCACCCAGAUAGUACCCCCUUUAUUUUUGAAAGGCUUGAAGAUAUACAAGCAUGUUUCAGCUUGUUUUUUUCAUUCUGUUUACUUCUGGAUUCACUGAAUCACAAGGAAAAAAAGUGCUUUGCAGCUCCUCAGAUGUAGAAAUAUCGUAUUCCUUUUGUGAUUCUAUGGACCAUGUUUUCUUCCUUAGUAUAGUCCCUUGUUCCUUUAGAGAAGGUCGUUGGAAAGUUACUCUUUUAUGGAUUCCAAGGAGUGAUAUAAUCUUUUUGGAGAGCAGCAUCAAUGUAUGGUAUGAUGCUGGAAAUGUAUUAGAAUGGAAAGAAGUUAUUUGCAGUGGAUUUGAUGAUGACUAUUCAUUUUGUGGAACUCUGAAGGGAGAGACGAUCAAUACAACAUUUGAAUUUAGCGGUUUAAAGAUGAAAUUGCUGAAGGUACUCUCCAAAGUAUAUAUACUAUAUCUAAUAUAUAUGUUAAAGGUUACAAAAAUUUGUCAAAUAGCUUGCUUACAUGUAUACUUCCGCUGA